AAUAUCAAGUUUAUUUUGGCUUUAUUUAAAUUUAUUUGUACAUAACUAAAAUUCAAAAACAUGAAAAUAAAUAAUGUUAAAUAUUUAUAAUAUUUUAAAAGUGAACAACAUGUAAUAGUUUGGUGAAUUGUAAUUUUUAUAAACGUUUAGCAUAAAACAUGAUAGUAUAAACGUUAUAUGUUAGAAACCCCUUACAUAUUGUAACAAUAGUAAAAAGCAACGGUUUGAUAAAGAUUAAUUUUUAAAUCUGUUGUUUUUGAUAAAAGACAAAAUGGUACAUUCUAUUUAUGAUUCAAUAAUGCGGUCUCCAUAACUAUAAGGUCAUAAAUCAAAAAAGGAAAACAUUCAGCAAAAACUACACUUCCUUUCAUUUUAAUGUUUUACACCUAUAGACUAUAAACCUAUAUUAUUCUAUAAUAUUAUGAGUUAUGACAAUAUACUUUACUGUUUAGUGUUUACUGUAUUAUUAGCAACAUUUUAAAUUAAUAUAAAAUAACAACAUAUUAAUUUAUUAGAUUGCCACCUACAGUAAAACAUGGAUAUACUUAUAAACAGUUGUAUUCAUAAGUUAAUUAAAAUUAUAAGAUGCAAUCUUAAAAACACUUAGAACAUAAUAAAUAAUUUUAUCUAUAUGGGAACUGUUGAAUAGAUAACACACAAAUACACAAUACCUAAACAUUUUAAAACAUACAUUUACAUAAUUCACACAUUUUAGAAAAAAUUUUCAAUACUAGUAGUUAACAGUUACAAUCAACCAAUCAGAACUCACCAAAUACCUAUUUGUUUGCGUUUAGAUUAUGUAUGCAUGUGCAGCUCCAAUAAUUUUUAAUAAAAAAAAGUGUUUGCUUACAUUUUUUGUUUAAAUUUCAAAUACACAGUUGUAACUUAUAAGUAUUAAACAAUAUAAAAUCAUAUUUUUUUUAACAUAAAAAAAAUAAUUAUUUUUCUUCACACAGAAUAAUUCCCCUAUUUGUAUUCAUUUGUUGGAAAAUUAAAAAAAAAAAUGACAUGUUCUUUACAUAGGUAAGUAUAAGAUAUUAAUUUUAUUACUAACAAUUAGUAUCAUUGUUAGUUAAUUUUACAUCAAUUUGUCAAAAUGAACAUCUUGUUUUGGUCAUCAAUCACAACACAAAUCAUAUUACUGGAGUUAUGUUUAAAAAUUGUUAAUGUACACAGUUUAACUGUAAUGAGUGUAGACCUUGGUUCGGAAUGGAUGAAGGUAGCAAUAGUUUCACCUGACAUUUCAGAAGAAAUAGCUCUUAACAAAGAAUCUAAAAGGAAAACUCCUAGUGCUAUAGCUUUUCACAAUGGUGAACGUACGUUUGGGAAAGAUGCACUUACUGUGGGAGUUCGAUUCCCAUCCAACUGUUACGUUUAUUUUCUAGACUUACUAGGAAAGAGAAUAGACAAUCCGAUUGUUGAUCUCUAUAAAACGCGUUUUCCUUAUUAUAACAUAAUUCCUGAUCCAAAAAGAAAUACAGUGCUUUUCAAGCAUAACGAAUCUGGUGAACAAUUUUCACCUGAAGAAUUAGUGGCAAUGAUGUUGGAAAAAGCAAGAGAAUUUGCACAAGAUAAUUCUGGGCAAGUUAUAAAUGAAGCAGUAAUUUCUGUCCCUGGUUAUUUUGGUCAAGCUGAGCGAUCAGCAAUGUUAAAAGCAGCAGAAAUUGUUGGAAUCAAAGUACUACAGCUUAUUAACAGUUAUACUGCAGCUGCUUUGAAUUAUGGUAUAUUCCAUAUAAAAAGUUUUAAUGAAAUAUCUCCAAUGUUUAUGAUGUUUUACGAUAUGGGUGCAUAUGGUACUCAAGUAUCAGUUGUAUCUUAUCAAUUAGUAAAAUCUAAGGAUAGAAGAGCGCAUGAACUUCAGCCAAAACUUACUGUUCUAGGAGUAGGAUAUGAGCGAAAUUUGGGUGGCUUGGAGAUACAACUACGGCUAAGAGAUUACUUAGCAACUAAAUUUAAUGAUCUAAAAUUUACACCCAACGAUGUAACUAAAAAUCUUCAAUCCAUGGCAAAAUUAUUCAAAGAAGCUGGACGAUUAAAGAUUAUAUUAAGUGCAAAUACUGAACAUUUUGCUCAAAUAGAAGGUUUAAUUGACCAAAAAGAUAUGUAUAUUAAAGUUACCCGAGAAGAACUAGAACAGUUGUGCAAAGAUUUAUUCGAUAAAGUUACACUUCCAGCUCUAAAAGCCUUAGAAGCGUCAGGACUAACUAUUGAUCAUAUUAAACAAGUAAUGUUAGUUGGUGCUGGUACUAGAGUUCCUCGAAUUCAAGAUGUUUUAGUUAAAGAUUUAAAAAGUGGUCAUUUGCUUGGUCGGUCUUUGAAUACUGAUGAUGCUGCUGCUUUAGGAGCUGCAUAUAAAGCAGCAGAACUUAGAAAUGGAUUUAAAGUUAACACAUUUAUUACUAAAGACGCCACAAUGUUCCCUAUUGAGUUGAAAUUUAAUAGAGAAAAAAAAUAUGAGAGUGAACCCAUAAAACAAGUAAGGCGUAUUUUAUUUAGUUAUAUGAAGCCUUACCCACAACGGAAAAUAGUAACAUUUAUUAAUCAUAAAUUAGAUUUUGAUUUUACUGUGGGUUAUGCAACACUUAAUCAUUUAGAUGAAAAUGAAAUAAGAUUUUUAGGUUCUUUGUCACUUGACCAUAUAAAAUUAAAAGGAGUACAAAAUGCAUAUUCUAAGUAUGAAGACGAAGAAAGUACAGAUCCUAACAAAAUAAACUUACAUUUUAUUAUGGAUGCUAGUGGUAUAUUAGUUUUGGAAAAUGUUGAGUUUUCAAUUGGAAAGCCUGUUACUAAUGAUCAAGUAGAAGAAUCAACUUUAUUGAACAUUUUAAAUUCCAUAGCAAAUUUAUUUAAAGUUCGUGACAAAUUCGAUAAAGAUAAAUUAUCUGUCCAAAAUACCCUAGAAAAUUCUAGUGGUUCUAAACUUCCUGCUGUUAGACAAACUAUUGAAGUUGAUCAUGAAUAUUUAUUCGUGCUUCCUACAGAUGAUGAUGAUUUGCAAAAUGUAAUUAUAAAAAUAAAGAAGCUUAGAUUAAAAGAUUUGUCACAAUUACAUAAAGAAAAGGCGUUACAUAGUUUACUUACUCUUAUUGUCGAAGUGCGGGAAAAAUUAAGCCAACCAGAGUAUACUCAUUCUGCUACUGAUUCAGAAACAAGAUCUAUUUCGGAAAAAUUGUCUGAGAUUUCAAACUGGUUGGGAAAUGAUGGCCUCAAUGUUGAAGCAGAAGAAUUAGAGUAUAAAUAUAAUAAUUUAAAACAAAUAAUACAGCCUGUUUGGGAUAGAACUUUUGAGCACAUAGAAAUACCACCGAGAUUAGAAGCCCUAAGUAACACAUUAAAAAAGAGCGAUACAUUUUUGAAAAAAAUAAAAAACAAAACUUUAGAGGAUAGUCCAAUUACACAAACAGAAAUAGAUAAACUGGAAAAAUUGAUUUUAGAAACAACGAUAUGGAGAGAUAAGCAAGUAGAAGAACAAGAAAGACUUUCAAAAUAUGUUCACCCUGUGUUGUCAAUAUCUACAAUUGAAACAAAACAUUCAAAUAUUAGACAGAAGAUGAAAUAUUUAAUGACUAAAUUUAUAAACUGGAAACUAAAAAAUCAAAAAAAUCAAUUUAAUGUUAAAGAUGACCUCCAAUAUUAUAUUGACGCACACAAAGAAUUAUAGUACAAAUAUUAAUAUGCAAAAGGUACAUAAUAUUUAAUAUUUAUGAUAAUGUGUUAUUAUAUUUAAUUUAUUUAUUAUUAUUUUUAUAUUCAUUUAUAGUAAAGUAAUAAACAUAAUUUCAUAUACUAUAUUAUUAUUUUUAUCUUUUUUUUUUUUUUUUUGUGGCAACUACAACACUUUGACAACGAUAGUGCUGGAACUGCUUAUGUAUUAUGUUAACAAUUUUUUUUGUUUCUGUGUCAAAUUGUUUAGCCAGGUGGACUAUUAUUUAUUUUUUAGUUAAUGGUUAGGUUAUAAGUUAUUAGGUACUUAUUACCCAAAUGUAGCAUUUUAUCAGUGGGUAGUCAAGUUAUUCUAAAAAAUGUAUGUGAGCUUUUGAGGUUAUUUUGUAAUACUAUUUAACCCCACAG